GGGCCCUCGUCUCCCACCAGAAAGGCCUUCCUUCGGCUGCGGUCGUUGGGAUGGCGUACUUGUGCGAGUGCCCUCUGCGACUGGAGAAGGCCUUUAUCUUGGAUGGGGUGGCGGUGAGCACCGUCGCCCGCGCCUAUGAGCUCACGAGACCCAAGCUGUGGUCUGCCAUUCCGCCCUACAACGCGCAGCGGGACUACCACGCCCGCCGCUAUUUCCAGAGCCACGUGGUUCCGCCCGUUUUGCGGAAAACUCAUCAGGAUCGCUGUGGUACAGGAAGGGAUGGCUGGAUAGUCGAUUAUUACCACAUCUUCGGACAAGGACAGAGAUACCUCAACAGGAGAAACUGGGCAGGGGCAGGGCAUUCCUUCCAGCAGGUGACCGGGCACGACCACUACAAUGCUGAUCUGAGACCCAUCAACGGGUUCAAUGGUCGCUUUGGCUACCGCCGGAACACCCCGGCCCUCCGCCAGCGCCCAUCCGUCUUUGGAGAGGUCACCGAAUUCCCUCUCUUCUAACAGCAUCUCUUCCCGUCACAGCCCUCGACCUGAAUUUCUGUGACAUUUAGAUGAACUCUCAAUGUUAUUUUAUGUAUAAAAAACAUGUAUUUGUGUCUCCAAGUGUGCUGUUUCUUUCCUGGGGUUGAACGAGGGAGCAAGCUCAGCUUCUCUACCCUCUGGAGAGGAGGUGAGAGGAGAAAGGGCUUCUCAGGCCUGUGCCCUUGCACUCCAUGCCAACGAGUGCCAGGCUUCUCCCCUACCAGUGUGGUAAUAGGGAACCGUGCAUGCCACUCACCCCUGAACACAGCACUUCCCAAAGUGUCAACAGGGCCCCAGGUCAGAAACU